GCGANCCACCUCCACCGCCUCCAUCCUCUCCCCCUCCCCCGCCACCAUCACCACCUCCUCUAUCCUCUCCAACAACAGAUAACAGGGCAGAUGGUGGUGUUGCUGAUGAUUUGAGUUCUUUUGGUCGGUCGGCUGAUAAUAUGCCAGACGGUGAAAAAAGGGUUGCAACAGAGAAUGGAGAAACACUUAGAGAUUUUCCCCCUCCUCCGCCUAAGCCAGCUGAAAAAGAGGUUGUUCGGAACAUCGAGGUGCUAUGCCAGUACAUUGCAAAGGUUGGACAUGAUUUCGAAAACUUGGCUCGUGUGAAGGAGGCUGGCAAUCCACAGUUCUCCUUCUUGUUUGGAGGUGAACCUGGAAGUGCUGCUGCUAUCGGCCACGAGUAUUUCCAGUGGAUGAAAAGGAAAUGUUGUUCAGAACCAAAUUUGAGUCAAGAAACUAAGGAGAAUAAUAUGAGUCAACAGACUAAGGAGAAUUGCGCAUUGUCAAGACCAUUGAUUGCAGGCACUUCAUCAGAUGUUCUUAGCAUAGAACGUGAGGGUUCACCUGCUGUGUCGGAUAUGGACAUGGAGGAGGAUGAUGAUCUGGCUUAUGGGAAUAACUCAAAUAAAGCUUCAACUGAAGAGCCUCUAUCUAGAACAAAUGAGAAGUAUUUUCUUGAAAAGUCCUUACAGGCACCGCAGAGUACAACAGAGCGGCUCAUUCCAGAAGGUGCUGUUUCUAGCAAUAUAUCAUCUGUGGCAACAUCUUCACUUCUGCAUGAUGGGAAAGAUGACAAUGAUUUACCAUUUAUUGAAGAUGUUAGCCCAGUUAAGGCUACGCAAAGCCCGACAGUGUCCAUGAAAGAUGAGAGCCCAUUCCGUCUUAUAGAAGGCUAUUCUUCGGAUGGAAGUGGAGAAAAUGACAGGAGGGAAUGUGCAGGUGACAUCACCGAAGCUAUGGCUUCCACGUCUGCUUUAGAAAAUGUAUUGGGCCCAGGGAAAGAUAAGGAUCUGGAAUUAGAAUCGACUUUUAAUGUCAAGGGCACUGUUAGUGGAUCCAAAAUUCAAGCAGUUUCUGGCAAAUCUUCAACUAUGAUAAGUGAAACUGCCUAUGAUAGUUCCUGCCCGCCAAAAGCCUCAUCACCAAUUUUUAAUCCUUCACAGGGUAACAAUAUUGUUGAAGUUCGUAGGAUAGAAGGUGACCAUCGAGAUGAAAAGGUUCAGUUAGAGGGUGCACAGGGUCCAUCUAUACUCAAAGUGGAUGAGUUUGGGCGCUUGGUUAGAGAAGGUGUCAGUGACAGUGAGUCUGAUGGGGCCCAAUAUGGUCGAAGGGGUGGUAAGAGGGUAAGGAGGAGGCGCAGCCGAUCACCUCAUGAAAGUAGACAGAGGCGAAGGACCCAUAACUCUAGGAAAAGGCUUGACCGGAGCUGCAGUUCGUCUCCUAGGAGGGGCAGGAGCAAGUCGCCGCCUUCUUUUAGGCGGGCCGAUCUACAUUCAAAACGUGAAAGGGAUCAACGCCCAGAAUGCUCCAACUUCAUUCGAGGCCGAUGCUUUCUUGGAACAUCUUGUCGGUUGCUCCAUUGUGAUAGCGGUCAGCAGAGGAACAAGCUGCGUAAUUAUAAAGACUCCCAUCAAGAUUCAGUAGAAUAUAGUUUGCAUGAAACAACACAGGUUAGUGAAGCACUACCUAAUGUUAGUCCCCAAAAAAGCAUGGAUGGAAAUCUUGACCAGAAAAUCACAAUUAGCACUGUAAAGGAUCAAGCACCAAAGGAUUUACACCGCACAGAGGAGUCGCAGGAUUUAUCUAAUGUUAGUGAAAAAAGGGAAGAAGGAACAAAAGAUUUAUUUAACUCUUCCCACUCAAUACCUACGCAUAGUGGUUUAUCAUCUACUCAGUCUUUACAAGCAAUAGCUUUUGCCUCUGUUUCUGAUUCUCAAAAUGUUCAGAAUCUACUCCCUGCAUCUCAGCCAGUUUCAGAUCAUGCUUCUUCAGCCUUGCCAAAUCAAGGACGAAGCUCGAUGGGCGAGCCACCCACAAAUUACAGUCUAAUUGGUAUUAGUGCACCAUUUUCUUCAGACCGUCAUCGACUAUCCACAAUUACUGGCGACUUUAACUCUGAGAGUACACAUCCUCCAAGGCAUAUGUGGCCUAAUUUACCCCCACCACCAUUACAACCACCAUUGCAGUUUCUGCAAAAUUCUGUAGCACCACCUGGACCUUUCCAUUCGGUGGAGUCUUUUCAUCAACUUCCCAUGCACAUAGAUGAGUAUAAAGGGAGGGCUUUUCCUAUUGGGUAUCAGAAGGAUCAAGCACUUGAUGGGAAAGACAGGUUUUUUCACCCUCCAAAUACUGGAGGAUCUCACAUACCUCAUCAAUCCUUUCUUCGUGAAAAUGCAUCAGUCCCAUUUCCUGAACCUGGCUCUGGUUCUUUCUCUCGGGACAAUAUUGUGCAUCCUCCUUUACCUUUCUCAGAAAGUAGGACCUUGCCUUUUGCUCUCCAACAACCUUCAUAUGGCCAACAACCUCUUGCUGGUUGUAUUAUACCUUCUGGCUCGUCUAUGGUUGAUCCACCAAUCCAGAGAAUGCCUUCGAGCUUUCUUGAAAGCAAUUUUCUGCCUCAUGUUGUUAACAUGCCUAAAUCAUCUAUUAUGACCCGCUACAACCCAUAUGCAUCUACUUUUGAGCAGACACCUUCGAGCUUGAAGAUUAUUUCUGAUCUUUCUGGACAAGCAGAUGAUGCAGAGUAUAAAUCAAAAUACAAUCUCUCCUCGAGUUCAGGCCCUGAUCCAGUCUGUGGGCCCAGUUCAAGGAGUGCAGCUACGCCACCGGAUCUUAGACUGCCCAUUGGCCACUUGCCUAGACCCGUCGAUUAUGUUCGUGAAGUUAUUGGUGACAUUUUACCUAAUGUGCCAAGGCAGUCUAUUCCAGAACCUGCUCCUGGUGCACUGUAUGAUCCACUGGCCGACAGCAUAGAAUUAUCUAUCAACACAGUUAAAAAAUUAGGUCUCAGUAAAGAGCAAAACCUUCAUACCGAAGCUGAAGAGAACAUUAAGCAGAAAGGAAGGCUGCUUACUGAAUCAGAAGCUGAUGAACUUGGUGAGGUGGCUAGCCCUCUGCCUUCAAGCCCGGGAGUUGCAGGUGAUGCCGGGAACUCAGGUGCUGGUGAGAUUGAGACCAUUCAAGUUGGAUCGCCUGAAAAGAGAAAGAAGAGCAAGGACUCGAGGUCGAUGAAGCUUUUCAAGAUCGCCCUGGCAGGUUUUGUAAAGGAACUUCUGAAGCCGUCGUGGAGGCAAGGGAACAUGAGCAAAGAGGCCUUCAAGACCAUUGUGAAGAAGACGGUUGACAAAGUCUCUGGUGCGAUGCCGAGCCAUCAGAUCCCGAAAACACAGGCGAAGAUCAAUCACUAUGUUGAAUCUUCCCAAAGGAAACUCACCAAGUUAGUUAUGGGUUAUGUCGACAAAUAUGUCAAGAUAUAGAUGAUGAUCAUUAUGCAGGAGAAUACAAGGACCGACCUCACUUUCUUUCAUCAUGGCAUUUCCCAUAUUUCCACCCUUAAAGCAUGAAGACUUGCAGAAAAGGAGUGGCUGUUUUUGAAGAUAUGUAUUCUUGGAACAGCUAGUCACACCUACAGGGGAUCUUAGCAGUUCUGUCGAGCAAAAACUGUAUGUAUGUAACCCAUGUAUCUCUGGAUUUUAAUUGCUUUUCUCAACUUUUUUCUGCCAAUUCUAGAUAAUCACUUGUAAAGUUUGUGUUAAUUUACUGUGAGUAGUUUAUUUCCAUUCCACUGUUUCACUGGGGGAGCCUCCCUAUAAAGAAAAUACUGACAAAGAAGAAUAGGAUACAGUGCCAUGGUAAUUAAGUUGAAUUUUUGGUGUUAGGUAUUUAUUUAUUUUUAUGUAGGAAUAGAAUAUCCUCUUGGAACAGUGACUUAAGAAAUUUUAUUUUCCACACUAA